UGUUCAGUACCGAGAUGCAUGACGCCAGUUGCAAAGGUUACAUGCACACACGGAUCCCACUGUGAGUCGCACUGCGGAGGAGGGGAGAGACUUUGGAUUUUGUUAUUUAAAGAGAACAGAAAAUAGACCCGUGCUCAAUGCGGGGUUGAUGGGCCGCAACUGUGGAUGAUGUUGGAGCGGGAGGUCGGUCGGAUUGCUGCGGGCUUGUGCUCCGCUUUCCCCCGCCGUGAAACACCGUGAAGCGGCUCCAGAGGGUCCGGAGUGGCAGCGCUCAAGUUUGGACGCACCGCCAUCUUUGGUCUCCGACCCCGCGGUUCUAGUUUUUUCACCUAAAUAUCUCAUCUUCUACAGCCCGUGGAUUAGGGAUGGAGGAGCUGCAGUCUCUGGACCCGCGCAGGCAGGAGCUACUGGAGGCUCGCUUUAUGGGGGCUGUCAGCGGCAGCACCGGAGGCAGCACAGGGAGUACCAGCGGAGGGGCCAAGGGGUUAAACAAUAAUGAGUGCUCCAACCACAGCUUUGGCAGCCUGGGGUCAUCAAGUGAUAAAGAGUCAGAAAACUCUGAUAUGAAAAGAGGAGGCUCUCCUGCAUAUUCAACACCUGAGAAGAAGCACUCUGAGUCAUCGAGAAGAAAGAGAAAAGCUGACAACCAGUCAGAGAGCAACCAAGGGAAGUCUUCUGGCCGAGGGGCGAAGAUCAGCGAUUAUUUUGAUUUGCAGGGUGGAAGUGGCUCUAGUCCGGUAAGGGGCAUUCCUCCUGUCCUCCGCUCCCCACAUGGCUCACACUCUGCACCUGGAUCCAUUGUCCGACAGAACAGCUCCUCACCCACCAGCCUGUGUUUCACUGAUCACACGACACACCCAAAGCAGCUUAGCAGCAGAAACGUGCAGACUGAUCUGACACUGCUGAAGCUUGCAGCACUUGAAAGCAAUAAGAAUCUGGAUCUGGAGAAAAAAGAAGGAAGAAUAGAUGAUCUGCUCAGGGCUAACUGUGACCUCCGGAGACAGAUUGAAGAACAGCAGAAGCUGCUGGAGAGAUAUAAAGAGCGACUGAACAAAUGCACUACCAUGAGCAAAAAACUCCUCAUUGAGAAGAGCACACAGGAGAAACAGUCAUGUCGGGAGAAAAGCAUGCAGGACCGUUUGCGGCUUGGCCACUUCACCACAGUCCGACACGGAGCGUCAUACACAGAGCAGUGGACCGAUGGAUAUGCCUUCCAGAAUCUGGUCAAACAGCAGGAGUGGAUAAACCAGCAGAGGGAAGACAUUGAGAGGCAGCGGAAACUGCUAGCAAAGCGCAAACCCCCCAAUACCCCUGCCUCACAGAGCCCCACCCCUUAUGGAGAAUCCAAACCCAGAAAGACCAAAGCAGUAAACGGAGCCGACAGUGACCCCUUCCUCAAACCCAGCCUACCUACACUGUUGACUGUAGCAGAAUAUCAUGAGCAGGAAGAAAUCUUCAAACUGAGACUGGGUCAUCUUAAAAAGGAGGAGGCAGAGAUCCAGGCUGAGCUGGAGCGUUUGGAGAGAGUGAGAAAUUUGCAUAUACGUGAACUGAAGAGAAUUAGUAAUGAGGACAGCUCUCAGUUUAAAGAUCACCCCACUCUCAAUGAUAGAUAUCUCCUUUUGCACUUGCUGGGAAGAGGAGGAUUCAGUGAGGUUUACAAGGCCUUUGACCUGUUCGAACAGCGCUACGCUGCGGUGAAGAUUCACCAACUCAACAAGAACUGGAGAGAAGAGAAAAAGGAAAACUAUCACAAGCAUGCCUGUAGAGAAUACCGAAUCCACAAGCAACUGGACCAUCCUAGAAUAGUCAAACUGUAUGACUACUUCUCCCUGGACACAGACACGUUCUGUACGGUGUUGGAGUUCUGUGAAGGGAAUGAUCUGGAUUUUUAUCUGAAGCAGCACAAGCUGAUGUCAGAGAAAGAAGCACGCUCCAUUGUCAUGCAGAUUGCUAAUGCUCUCCGAUACCUCAACGAGAUCAAACCACCAAUCAUUCACUACGACCUCAAACCAGGAAACAUCCUGCUGGUGGACGGUACAGCGUGUGGAGAGAUAAAAAUCACAGAUUUUGGCCUGUCCAAGAUCAUGGACGAUGAUAACUAUGGGGUGGAUGGCAUGGACCUGACCUCCCAGGGGGCCGGAACGUACUGGUAUUUACCACCGGAGUGUUUUGUAGUUGGUAAAGAGCCUCCAAAGAUCUCCAACAAAGUAGAUGUUUGGUCUGUGGGCGUCAUUUUCUUCCAGUGUCUGUAUGGACGCAAGCCCUUUGGCCAUAACCAGUCUCAGCAGGACAUCCUCCAGGAGAACACCAUCCUCAAAGCCACUGAAGUCCAGUUCCCUCCUAAACCUGUGGUCAGCAACGAAGCCAAGGCGUUUAUUCGGCGCUGUCUAGCCUAUAGAAAGGAGGACCGUUAUGAUGUCCACCAGCUUUGCAGUGACUCCUACCUGCUUCCGCACAUCAGAAGAUCCAAUUCAUCGGGAAACCUGCAGGCCACGCCCUCUAGCCCUGCCUCCUCUGGCAUCAUCUCCUACUGAUCUCUCCGGCUGGAAAGAUGGUUGACUUUAUUUCAGCAGCGCUUUCCCUCACCUGCCCACCCCCGUGCAGAUGGAAAGGGGGAGGGGCCUACAAGCAUAAAGACAUGCCCCUGGCCCGGCAUCGGUUGCCAUGGUGAUAAGCAAGCAUGGCUGAAGUCGCCUCCUCCAUGCGCUCCGAUUGGGUGCAACUGUGUUUAGCACAGAUGGAAAAACUUGAAUAUGUACGGCUUCAGAGUUUGAUGGUUUUAAAAAUAGAUGUUCUGUGAAGCUGUAAAAAGUAUAAAGGGAGGAAUUUUCUGUGCUUACUGAAGCUUACAGGCACUGCAGGGGGAGACUUUACAUUUUAACUUCUCACUGUUAUUUCUGUGUUACACCCCUUGAAAGGGGUGUGUGUGUGUGUAUGUGUGUGUGUGUGUGCGCGUAUGCGUGUGCGUGUGUGUAUUUGAAGCCAGUGUCGUGUGUGUGUGUGUGUGUGUGCAUGUUGGCAGUUUUCUGGAGUGUGUGUCAGUCAAAGAUGCUGUUGGGAAAGUGCGGUGUGUGUGUGUGUGUAUGUGUAUAUGUACGCACAGUACUCUGGAGUUUGUGUGUGUGUGUCUGUGGUUACAGUGUUAGUAUUCAUUGCGGACAUUAGAAAACCUUCUAAAUCCGUGUUUUUUCACUUUAAUUUUUUAACGCCAGCUGCCCAUUUACUUAGUGUGAACAUUUCAUGUAGAAUGGACCAAUAGAAGCGGUCGUAAAUUAUUUAGAGUAAAAUCUUAUACUUUAAAUAUUGAUUCUGUUGCGUUUUCAAAAUGACUGCGUAAUUCAGUUGGUAAGUUGUAUACAAUGUCAUUAAUAGACGUGGUUUAAUUUGAACUGCUCUAUUUCAGAUAAACUUGCUAAGUCAGAACUGGUCUAAGGGUGGUGGUAGGAACCAGAUGGUCUGAAGGGUUUAACGCCUGUAAAGCCCCCACGCGGAAAUUUCUUACAUGAAAAGGUUACGAACGUAUUGCCUGCUGCCUGAGACAUUGUUUACGAUAGUUCUGAGAAGCUUCUGGCCUAAAAUGUACUUUUUAUGGCAGAGAGAUACGUGCAGGGCAUAAGGCAAAAUAGUACCCGAUAAAAUGUAUUUUUCAUGAUUUUCAACCCGUAGAAAUAUUAGAUAUAAAACUCAGACACGUACAGGUUCUGUAUUUCCUUCUUAUCACCACUACUGUAAAGACAUUCAAGUCAGCAAGUGUCUCUGCAGUGAACUAUUUUGGAUCAAACCAAUUUGAAUGGCUUUGUUUACAUCUCAGCGAUUUAAUUAUACAGACAUUUCAAGUAAUUUUUUUUUAAAUCUCAGCGAUUUCCCGCAUCUUUUGGAGAUACAAGGUUUUGUUACGACAGUGACAGCACGUGGGCUGUUCUUUGGAGCUGCAUAUUUUCAGCUACAAAGGUGAAAAUGUGUUUUUCAACCUCCUCCAGCUGUGAUGUGUAAGUUUCCGUGAUGUGUGUGUUAGCAGGUCCACUUACUGUGGGAUCUGCUCCUUCCUCCAUUUUCUCCUUUGUUUUUUCUUUUUCUUUCCUCCUCAAGCGAUUUUCAUGAUGCUGCUAUACAGUGUCGCUUUUUAGUUAUUUUUUUUUAGUUGUAUGAUUUUAAUUAGUAUAGAAAUCAUACAAAAAUAUAUUUGUCAGGAAAUCACAGCAUGUUGUUGAUGAUAAAAUCUAACUUUUUUGUUAGGAGUGUGUGUGUGUGUGUGUGUGUGUGCGCGUGCAUUUGGAUGUGUGUGUGUGUGUGUGUGUGUGUGUGUGUGUGUGUGCGCGUGCAUUUGGAUGUGUGUGUGAGUAAAAAUUUUAAGUGAAGAGACGGAAGGUGGGCCGGACCCCGCCCUUAAUGAUAAUUAAAGCCCAUGUGUCCUGAGCCAUUGCUCUCCUGUUGCUAGGCAACCCUUGACCCCUCACCCCAGAACAGCCACUCUGACCAGAGAUCAUACACUCGGCAGACCGGAGUGUUCUCAGCAGUCCUGGGUCAAACCUUUUACGCUUUGUUUCCUCCCUAUCUCUCUAAAACCUGUCAUCAGCUCAACACCUGUGAUCUGUCUCUAAAAUGCUGCUGCAAUUGUAGGGAAUGUAGCCAAAAGAAAAAUAAAAAUUCAAAAAACUUAUUUUAA